AAGAGGUGGAGGAGGAGGAGGAGGAGGAGGGGAGAGGGAAAGAGGCAGGCAGACAAGGUCGGUUGUUCUGAGCCCAGCCCAGCCCAGCCUCGGCGAGGAGCGUGGUUCUGCAUGCAAUCCACCCGCGCAGCCCCCGCGCAGGGCAGAGCCGGGCAGAGCCACUUGGCUCCGGCCCCGGGCAGGGGACGGGGGUGGCCAGGGGCCCGGAGGGGUCCGGAGCGCUUCGCCCUCGACCCUCCGGCCAGGACCCGCGCCCCCUGAGCCUUCCUGGAGUCCGGAGGAGAGCCCGGAGGAGCGCCCGGAGGAGCGAGCGCCCUGAGGAGCGAGCGCCCGAAGGAGGGACGCUCGGCAGAACGCGCAGCACCCUGGACAGCGCCCGGAGCGCAUCUCUCCGACCGGAUCGUUCGCUCGCCGCGGGGGACGGGGGGCUCCUUCCCUCCAGAGACCCCCAGCCACCGUCCAGCGGCCGGGACAAUCCUUUGUCCUCCCUCCCCUUGGGCGAGCCAGGGAGGUGAACCUCUUCCAGGGCCUCGUCCCCCCUCCCCGCGGUCUCCAGCUCGGGGGGCAGGGGGGCCACCCCCUCUCCUUGGAGGCGCCCUGCUUGGGAAGACUGAAAAGUUUGGGGUUCGCCCUGGGGGAGGGAAGGGCGAGAAAGCCGGCGGAUGGUGUGUCUUCUCGGCUGAUCUGGAAGGAACGAUGACCGAGGGAGGAUGUGCACCAGCGGCCAGAUCAUUGGGGGCCUCUUGGUGCUCUCUGUGCUGGAGAUAGGGCUGGGGGUGUCCAGCGUGGCCGUGGGGGCGGUCAGCUUCAGCCUGGCCCUCACCGACCACAAGCCGCAGCUGGGAGACUCUUCCCCGUUUCUGCUUUGUGGCAUAUGUGGAAUAUUUUGCGCCAAAAAAAAGUCUGGACUUGUCAUGAUCCUUUUUUCAGCCUGUUGUAUCUGCGGAUUGAUCGGAGGCAUCCUGAAUUUUCAGUUCCUCCGGGCGCUGACCAAGAAGUCCUCCUCCCUUUACUCCCUGCACCUCGCCUCCAUGUCUCUUGCAUGCAUCGGAAUUGGGGGCUGCACCCUUUCUUCAUGGCUCACUUGCCGGCUAGCCAGCUAUGAACAAAGGAGGAUGUUCUCGGAACGAGAGCACUCGCUCCACCACUCUCAUGAGAUGGCUGAGAAAAGAUUGAGGGGUAUUGAAAUAACCGACUUGCCCAGCUGCCCGGUCGUGCCCCCGACUCCAGAGUUACCUACAAGGAAAUGACAGACAACAUGAGCAAUGGAGCACCACCGCUGAUAUAUAAUGGAAGAGUGUAAUAAUGGUUUUUAAAGAUUUGAACUUUUUUUUAGGUUUUUCUUCAGCAAGGAGACACCAAAGGACUAGGAAGGAAUGAGACACAAUUCUGGCAUUCACUUCCAGAUUUCCUAAACUACAGAGCGGCCCGGCCGAAUUUCCUCUUAGAAUUGACAAUUGAAAUUUCUCUUCCUGGAUUUUCCCGAUUGCAUUGAUCAGCUCCAUUUGUUGGCUGAACAGCUUUCCAGAAGCGUUCUACUACUUUACAUAGACUUUUUUGAUUGUUCUCGUGAAGAUUUUUCAGAAAAUGGAAUCUAUAAAAUAGAAAUAGGACUCAAGUACUGCACAAGCAACUCUUUGCCUCGCAUGUGAAUUAGGCUUAUAAAAGGCUUGCAUUUCAUAUGCAGUCUAAAUGAACAAAUUAUGAGAAUGCCAAUAAACCACUGAUGUCUUUGUUCUGAAAGACAGAAUGCUUAGUGAAUGCCAUAAAUUGAAACCUCAGCAAUGCCUUGUUGUAAAGAAGUUGUAAAUAUUUCCAGUUUGUGAAUGGAGUAGAUUUCGUAAUUUGUUCAUAAAAGAAAAUGGAAUCUGAAUCAUAGAGGGAAGUGAUUUUUUUUCUUUUUUUGAAAGAAUAUGAAGUGUAUAAUAUUUUUGCAUUUUUGCACAAAAGAAGGAAGGGUCCUCAAGUGAUCGUCAUUUCAAAAUGUUUCUUUCAUCACAGUGUGCAGGCUUAUCUGCAUGUUCCUCAAUGUUAAUAUGAAUAGAGUGUGGCAUGUGUAUAUAUACUGUAAAUAUAGAAAAAUACGCACAGCAUAUAUUUAUAAUAUACCUAUUUGUAUACAGUGUGAGAAAGAGACUCCGUGAUAAGAUCGGGUCUUGUAAAGAUUUGAUUCCCACAGGUUUGGGAAGGCUACAUCAAUUAUUCGAUAGUAUUUAUUGAGCUCUGUGUGAAGUGCUUGGGAGAGAACAAUACAACUGAGUUAGUGGAAACGUUCCCUGCCCACAACGAACUUACAGUCUAGAGCUUAGAGUCCGGUCUAUGUAAUUGCUGUCAGGAAGAUCCCAAUAUUCAGGCCUACCCAAACUUUUCUGGCCCUACCAAAUCACAUGUUUAAUUAAUCUCUGUCUUUUGUAGAAGAGUGUAAUGCAGAUUUUUUGGCCUUUGAAAUACAACUAGUACCUGUAAAUAUCGAUGUCACUGGUAUUGGUGGAGUUUCCUGACCUGAAAAAAAAAGCUAAAGAAAAUGGAUAGCCAGUGGUUUGGUAUGAUUUGUGAAACUCAAAAGUUUGUGUAAUAGUUUUCGUGGCCAAAUAUUUUAUAAAUAUGGCCCGUAUAUAUAUAUAUAUAUAUACAUACAUUUUUUACACACCUAUAUAUUUAUGAAUUUGAAUAUAUAGUGAUGAAGGUGUGUUGGUCUAUAAAAGUAUCCCAUUUAACUUGCUUUACAUCUAAUAGCUUUAUAGAGGGUGGAAAAAAGGUAGUUUAAAAUUAGCUUUGGGUUUUUUAUGGAGGGGGCAGAGGGGAUUCCCACUGGACAGAUAUGACUAUUACUAGUCUGAACUUUAGACCCUCAAGGAGUUGGAAGUAAAUGUUAAAGAAACAAAUCACCUAAAAUAAAGGGAAUUUUCAUUUUAAAGAGUGAGAGUAAACCCCCUGCUCCAGAGAUAGAUUUUUGAUUUGCUACCUGAGCUCAUAUCUUAUAGAUAGGAAGUACCACUUCUUUGGAAUUACAUUUCUGGGAACAGAGAUGUAUUAGCACUGGAGUAAUUUCUGAUUGACAGAGAAACAUUUUAAAGACUGAACUUUCACUGGACUGGGUCCAUUCUCAUCACUGGAAUGAUCCCAGAAAACUGCUGCUCCAAUUAUGUUACUAUACUGCAGGCAGUCAUAGAGAAGCACAUUUAUAAACUUGAGUCUUGAAAUUUCCAAAUGGGGAUGUCUUCAGGCUUUAGAUAGGGCAAGUAUCCAGUAUUCUGGUGAAGGCAAGUUGAAAUUCUUCCAUUAAGUUUCAAACUGUUGAAUCACCUUUUAUCUUAUUUUAAAGAACCACACAGCUCUAUUGAUAAAAUCUCUAUUCUAAAUGAUUUUCUCUGUUUUCUGCUGGGGAAAAACUUUCUAUGUGAGGGAUUAUAGUUUUGCAGUAAGGAGAUAAGCACAUAUGAUUUAACACUCUAUUUCUUCAUUCCUAAGUAUGUUUAUACACUGCAGUAAGGAUAGGGCCUGUCCUAUGAGUAAUAAUAUGUUAAUGCCUUUCCUGAAAUGUGUUUUAUAAAAUAAGAAAUAAGUCUUAAAUAAUAGAUAUAAAUAAAGAAAAAACAAUCCUCCCUUUGCUCAGAUUUUUGAAAGAUGCUAAAAAUAAUGGCAAACGAACUGUAGCGUGCAUUUGACACUGUGCCCAUAGUACUUUGAAAAUGUGGUGAUUUCAACUUCAAGAAAAUUUUAAAACUCAGUUGUUUACAAAGUGAUUUAAGCAAAUUGUUUGUGAUCCUUUUUCAAAUGAGGAGAGGGAAUUGCCCGGUGUGUUGUAUAAGUGCUUGAGAAUGUAAUUUCUAAACCCACUGAAUUUUGGACUACUCUUUUACUAGUGGUUACCUUAAAUAUUCUAGUCCGAGCCAAUGUCUCACUGGAAAUGGUAUGUUAAAUCUAUGGUAGAAAAGUCAAUGAAACCGGUGUGGUGGUGUGAUGUAGAGUCUGACUAUUGAUUUGUCAAAGUUACCGUGAGUCCCCAGAGGAAAUAAAUGAGUACCCUGGACAUUUUAAAAAUAUGUAUUAAUUUGAUAAACAUUGGCACAUUUUAAAGAUUGCUUGGAACCGUGACUCUGCUGAUGUGUGUCUACGUAAUAAACGAGGAGUGUUUUGAAUCUGCA